AUGUCUCUUACACCGUACCACCUACACUGGUCGGAUGGACUCAUAAAGCGUGUGGAGCUACGGCUGCGUCAACUGCAUGCAUGUAUGGAGGAAUUUUAUCAGAUGAAUAAUUAUUCCUUCACUGUUCGCAGUACGACAGCCUCAGGGGCGGUAUCAGAUAAUGAUAACCAUAAGCAACGUGGUAAUGAGAAUGCUAAUCAACCGGAGGGACCCAUCAACACUGUUGGAAGUUUUCUUCUUCGUACCUGUGUACACUCAACGUCGUUCUAUGAAACACAAGCGGAGCGUGGUGUAGGUGCAGAUCUUGCACUUAUAGUGCCAGAGGAAGUUUGUUCGCUUAAAGACAUUCAAGAUGGUUUGUACUUGGAAAAACGACAAGAGUUCCUCCUAAAGGUAGAGAAGUAUUUGAAGAAAUAUAAUGAGGAGAUGCUUAAGAAGACAGUAGCAGGAGCAGAAGGAAAACAACAUGGUAAAGAUAAAGAAAAUGACAGUGAUGAUGAUGAAGAUGAGGAGGAGGAGGAUAAUGAAAAUAAGGUUUUACAUUCACCAGUUAUAUGGGAUAUUCAAAAAAUUCCAUUUGGUGGUUGCUGGGCUAAUAGAGAGAAACAAAUCCUUCGAAUCACUUUUAUUAAGGUAAAGGGAGAUAAAAAGAUGAAACGAGAAGUUUUUCAUGUGGAUGUACACUUCCAACCCAUUGCAUUAACAGGACGUAUUGCAAGUGCUGCUGCUGUUCGUAAAAACUCACAUUACAGUUACCUUGUACAGGAAGAUGCUCUCAUGACAGUUCAUUUGCGUAAGUUACAUGAACUUUACUCUCAAAGUCAAUCACUUCUUCGCGCCACUGUAUUUCUCAAGUGUUGGGCGCACCAUGUUGGUCUGAUGUCAAGUACAUCAGGUCAUCCUGAGGGUUUAAGCGGAUUCCACAUAUCAGCAUUUGUUCUACGCCUUGUUGAAGAAGGUGUUAUCUCUCCCUCCAUGUCUGAAGAGAAUGUGGUUCGUGCCGUGUGGGUAAACAUAUCUCGUGGAUUUACAUCCAAGACGAGUGAUAACCGCAGUGGUGUGGGCAGCAGUAGGGAGAUGUGUAUUCCUGCAUCCGAGGAGCGUGGGGAGGUGGCAGUGCUGCGUCUCUCAGGUGAGACGAUGAAUCUUCUCUUCCGCACCUCCGCUGACUUUUUUGAACACGUCGUGCAGUCCGCUGCGGUGGAGGCGCUCGCGAUGUCGGCGGCCGUUGAGGCGGUCACACGCCUGCCGUUCCGUCCGCUGCCGCUGCGGUUUGACUUUUGCCUCGUCGUGGCGCUUGCCGGGGGCGACAGCGGCGCUGAGCGGCCGGAACUGCGGGGAGUUGUGCUCGAGGCGCUCGCCCCCCGCGCCCGCUACGCGACGGUGUGGCGCUGCGGCCCCGACACGUUGAGGGUCGCCGUGCGGGCGGCGGACGGGGAGGCGGCGGCGCGCAGUCGACUCACGCGGGGCCCGCCGCUCGAAGACACCGCCGCCGUCGCCCGUUUUGAUGAGUUUUGGGGCACCAGCGUCACUUCAACAAGGCAGUUCCCAGACGGUGGCGUCUAUCGCUGCGUUCUCUGGAACUUUGAAGACACCCUCAACGACAAGGACGGUCAAUUGCCAAUGCUACCUGCUGCCGUUGUGAUGGCACGCGUACUGGAAUUUGCACUACGUCGUCAUAUCGCUCCAGAGGCACGAGUGCAACAGUUAAUGAACGGUCUGCACGGAAUACUUUACGAACGUGUGGGAAGCGAGUGGCGUGAUGCUGCACCUCUUGUACAAAAAACUAUUAUGGAGGCGUGUAGAGAUGUGGAAACCAUGGUCGCCGCCAUUCCACGAACAUCACUUCCGUGUAAACUUACAUCACUUGAUAUCAUCGCACCUACCGAACGAUAUACCGCAACUUUUCCAGUUCGUCCUCAUCUUGCUCUAACAUACACAACAGAUGAUCUGACGCAACCAUGUUUUGCUGGAAUUAGUACCGCCUCAGUUAUUGAACCUAUUCAUGCUGUUUUGACUAUUGAUGAUAAAAAUAAAAUUCCUGAUACACCUGAAGCCAUUGCAAAAAUUAAAGGAGCUAUAUGUGCCCAACUAUCUAAGGUACUACAAGAGCACUAUGGUAAAGAUAAUAGACAAAGUAAAAAGAAGAAUAACUCUAUUAAGGCGAAGAAAGAGGAAAACAGUCUUCAAGGUCAAGAAGGAGAAACAGAAAAGAAAAAGUUUCGUGUACGUACAUCAUGUACAAGCCAUUCGGUAGAUAUCAUCUAUAAAGGUUUUCUUUUUCGUUUGUAUAUUGCUCAUUACCGUGAAGUUUCAUUGUUAAAAGCGUUACAACGAGAAUCGGAAGCAGCUAUGAUUGAGCGAAAAUUAUUCUGGAGUGUUCAACAUGCUAAGUUUUUACGUACCAUUGCCUUUGGUCACCAAAGUUACGCCACAGCGACACGGUUAGCUAAUCGUUGGUUAAGUUCUAUGGUUUUACUUGAAUUUAUACUUCCUGAAGCAGUGGAACUACUCGUAGCAAACGCCUACCUUGGUUCAAAUCCUCCAAAGACAUCAGAGGCUGGAUUUAUGCGUUUUCUUCAAUUACUCGCUACACAUGACUGGUCAACUCCACUGGUUCUUCCAUAUGCCGUGGAUGAUAAAGUACAGGCGGAUGCCGCAGCAUUGAUGCGUACUAUGGGUGAACAGCAAGGUAUGUUUAUUGCGACACCCUAUGCCCCACUUGAAAGUCCAUUUACAGCGCAUACUCCGAGACCAAUGAUUAUGCAUCGUGUGGUACAGUUGGCUAAAAAUGCCAUGGUAUUGUUACUUAACCUUAUUGAUGGUCGUGGUAAUUCCACAGAAAUUGAAGCCACCCUCUUUACCCCAGACCCACGUGUGUUUGAUUUUCAUAUGGCAUUUCAUCCAGAUCUUUUAUUACAACCUGAUCGAGCUCUCACUCCUCCUUUUGCAGAACUGCAUAUGAAUAUGAUAGAAGGAUCAGAAACAGAAGCUGAAGGAGCAUUUAACAAUUCCUCUAAUGUCGGUGGUGGUGUUUCACCUACUUUGGGAUCAACUUCAGCAAUAACUACAAAAGUAUCAUCACUAGCUACAGGAGCCUCACCUUUUCAUUCCUCUCGUGUAUGGCAGUUGGAUGAACUAGAAGAAGAGAAGAGUUCUUUAUACUUGACAGAGCUUGUGGAGAGAGAACCGGCAGCGCAUGUUGUGCGAACUGUUCGUGCUGUCACCCGAGACCGAUGCAUGGUAUUUUUUGACUGCAUCGCACCGCGUGAUAUCUAUGUUAUUACUAUAACACCUUCACCGAUGCGGGAUCAUUGUAAAAAGCUGCAUGAUGAUAUUCUUCGCGUCAGUCGUGGUGCCCUGUUACCUGCUGAUUGGACACUGGGAGGAACAGCAGCAGCUGCUGCAGAGGCAAAAUCCAAACGAAAAAAUGCGGUAACUUCCACAAAAAGAACGGUUGAUAACAAAAAGAAGCCUGUUGUAGCUGAGAAAAAAUCAAGUCAACAAAAACGCCUUCGCAAGGAGGAGGAAGCGGAAGAAGAAGAAGAGGGUGUUUCAGAAGGAGUGCAGCAACUGGUUAAUCAACGUGGGAAAAAAUCCCGGUAUACUGCAGCAAAUGAAGAAGGUGAUAAAAAAAAGAAGGCGUCUCAGUCAGUAAACAAUUCCAAAAUGAAGAAGAGGAAAGUAAAUUAA